UGCUUUACUAGGUCCCAGUUCGCACAUUGUCGUUCCGGUUCUUUUUACACGCUGAAUGAAUGAUGGCGUCUGGCAGUAGCGGGAGUCGUGUCUCUUGCGGGAGAGAUUUAAACUGCGUACCCGAAGUUGCGGAUACGCUCUCCGCAGUCGCGAAACUCGGGUUUGACUUCCUGUGCAUGCCCCUCUUCCACCCGCGCUUCCGAAGGGAGUUUGAGUUGGAUCCUGCACGCUCCCGGCGUGGGGCUCAGACGCGAUCCGACCUGCUGUUGUGUGGAAGAGAUUGGAACACCCUUAUCGUGGGCAAGCUGUCGCCAUGGAUCCAGACGGAUUCCGAGGUGGAGACAGAGCGGAGGAACUCCGAGUCUGCUUUGGUGCAGGAGCUGAACUUCGCAGCCUACCUGGGCCUGCCGGCCUUCAUGGUCUCUUUAAAAGGCCCUCACUGCGCCAACCUGGCUCGGGUGCUUCUUAACCACAUCCACACUGGACACCACUCCUGCAUGUUCUGGAUUCGUGUGCCUCUGAUGGCUCCCGAGGACCUCCGUGAUGACAUCAUCGAGAAUGAGCCCGCGAAACACUGUGACGAUGGUGCUGAUGACGAGAAGACCUGGUCUUGGUGGCAUACUUUCAGGACUCUGUGUGACUACAACAAGAGAAUAUGCCUCGCUGUUGAGGUUGGCCCAGAUAUGCCCUCCGAUGCAGUGAUUGACAAGUGGCUUGGAGAGCCAAUCAAAGCAGCCAUUUUGCCCACUAGUAUCUUCCUGACCAAUAAGAAGGGCUUUCCUGUGCUCUCCAAGGCCCACCAGCGAAUCAUAUUCCGUCUUUUCAAGCUGGAAGCCCAGUUCAUCUUAACAGGGACAAGUCGUCACAGCGAGAAGGAUUUCCGGUCUUACCUGCAGUACCUGGAAUACCUCAAUCAGAACCGUCCUGCUCCGAACUCCUAUGAGCUUUUUGCUAAGGGCUACGAAGACUACCUCCAGUCACCGCUGCAGCCCCUCAUGGACAAUUUGGAGUCCCAGACAUACGAGGUGUUUGAGAAGGAUCCCAUAAAGUAUUCCCAGUACCAGCAGGCUGUGUACAAGUGUUUACUGGACAGAGUCCCAGAGGAGGAGAAAGACACCAAUGUUCAGGUCCUGAUGGUGUUGGGGGCUGGGCGAGGUCCUCUCGUAAAUGCAUCCCUGCGAGCAGCCAAGCAGGCUGAUAGAAAGCUCAGAGUGUACGCCGUGGAGAAGAAUCCCAACGCCAUCAUCACGCUGGAGAACUGGAAGUUUGAGGAGUGGGGUGAUCAAGUGACCGUGGUGUCAUGUGACAUGCGCGAGUGGGCGGCCCCUGAGAAGGCAGACAUCAUUGUGAGCGAGCUGCUGGGGUCCUUUGGGGACAAUGAGCUGUCCCCUGAGUGCCUGGACGGUGCACAGCAUUUCCUUAAAGAUGGUGGUGUGAGUAUCCCUUGCUCCUACACCUCAUUCCUGGCCCCUCUGUCCUCCUCCAAGCUGUACAAUGAGGUGCGAGGUUGCCGGGAACGGGACAAGGACCCGGAGUGCCACUUUGAGACCCCUUACGUGGUGCGGCUGCACAACUUCCAUGAGCUGGCAGACCCGAAGCCCUGCUUCACCUUCUCGCAUCCCAGCACAGAUAUGAAUAACAACAGGUAUCAGUGCCUGCGCUUCUCUGUGGGUUGUAAUUCAGUGCUUCAUGGUUUCGCCGGAUACUUCGAGACCACGUUGUACAAAGAUGUGACACUCAGUAUUAAACCAGACACGCACUCUCCUGGGAUGUUCUCCUGGUUCCCAAUUUUGUUUCCCAUUAAACAGCCAAUUCCUCUGUCCCGGGGUGAUGAUGUCUGUGUGAGGUUCUGGCGAUGCAACAACGGGAAGAAGGUUUGGUACGAGUGGGCUGUGACAGAGCCCAUCUGUUCUGCCAUCCACAACCCAGCGGGUCGCUCCUACACCAUUGGACUGUAGAGAGAGAUCGUCGGUGGUAAGAGAAAGCAAGAUGCCGUGUACCCUCAGACGUGUGGAGUUCGACACAAUAGACACGGUCCCAAGCGACCCUCCCGUGCCUCUUCGGAAUCCUUCCAGCAUCCUGGUGGUCCAGUUGUCCAUUUUUUGAUGUCUGAUUGUUCUAAUUUUGUCUGUCUGCUGAGAAGAGUAAAGGCUUUCUGAAAACUGCCUUUGCAUCACAUGGGGGUUUUUCUAUAACGCUUCCCUUCCCACACCUAAAAACAAAAGGUUUGGCCUUGGAGUGCUCUGUUGGGGGGGGAAAGUAACUGAGGUCAAAUUUUCAGAUCUUACUUAUAGAAUGUUUUCUCAGGAUUUGGCGAGUAUGUGUGACUGGAGUAGAGUGUGUGAUGCUAAGUGAGGGAGCUCAAUAAUAACUAGAGGAAUGUGUAAAUAGAAAAACAGUGGCAGGGGUGUUUUUCUUUAUUUAUU